UUCGUCAAAGUGUCCUUUGAACUUAAAAGGUCUCGUGAGUCAUGUGGAAAAAUGGCUACUGUUGAUCAAGUAAAGUCAAGGACCAAACUAUACUACUAGGCUAGAAGCGCUCUUAUUAAAGUAACCAGAAGGCAAGACAAAGCAUCAAGUCAUCUAACUGUAGAGUUGUAUCUGUAGCGUGGACAAUCGCGAAGCUUCUAUGAUGAUCCACUAAGCUUGACCAUGAAUAAUUCACUCACGUUCAAUACUAACGAAAUAGCAGAAAGUAUUAAAGGCAGAAAGCCUCCCUACAAUUGCCCGGCAUGUCAAAAGACCUAUCGAAGUGCUACCGGACUGCUAUACCACAUUGGGCAAAUUGGACCCCCAAUUAGUAAUCCUCGCUGUCUCCUUGGUGAAGACUCCCCUCAUCCUAGCCCUGCCUCAAGGUCUUGUCCUGGAUCCCCUGCACCUGGGGGAACACCUGCCACUGCUCGACGACGAGUUCCGAAACGAGAGCUAACAUGGGCGGAGGCUCAACGCUUGGUGGAAGUUGAAUUUGAAAAUUCUUACAGACGUGUUGAAAUCGACAAAGAACUUGAUAUGAGCCUGCAUAGUGAGGAUGAAGGGGAAGGCUCGUGUAAUAAAGGACGCUCUUCGAAUACUCGUACUCACCAUCCUGCACACAAAAGAGGGAGGGGCUCGAAAGGGGAAACCCCUAACCGUUCAUCAAAGGCAAAGAACAAGGGAAAGCGAAAAUCAAAGUUAAAAACACCUGGAAAAGGAAACGAUGGUAUCAUCCCCCUCCCUAAAGUUGAAGUUUCCAUAUUGGACGACGCAGACUCACAAGAUGCACUUAGUAGAGAAUCCUCGUAUUUUCGAUUUGUUGCUCAAACGACCGAAGAUCUAGACGAGAUGAUCGAGUAUGAUAUCGAUGAGGAAGAUAGUCGCUGGCUAUCCCUACUUAACGAAGAACGACGCACUCAAGGUCAUACUGUGGUGCCCCAAGAGGUGUUUGAGCUCAUCAUGGAUCGAUUGGAGAAGGAAUGCUGUUUCGAGAGUCACUCGCUGCAAGGUGGAGCCGAACCCUUCAAGAACAUGUACAAUAUCGACGAGAACGCUGUUUGUUGUAUCUGUAACGAUGGUGAGUGCCAUAAUACCAACGCUAUUCUUUUCUGUGACAUGUGUAAUCUAGCGGUGCAUCAGGAGUGCUACGGUGUUCCCUACAUCCCCGAGGGCCAAUGGCUGUGUAGGAGAUGUUUGCAGUCACCCUCAAGAUCCGUAGAUUGUGCUCUGUGCCCAAACAAAGGUGGAGGUUUCAAGCAGACCAUUGACGGACGGUGGGCACAUGUCAUCUGUGCUAUUUGGAUCCCCGAAGUCCAAUUCUCAAAUCCAGUGUUUUUGGAACCGAUUGAUGGCAUCAACGAUAUCCCUUCUGCUCGCUGGAAACUCACUUGUUACAUCUGUCGAAAUCGAAUGGGUGCAAGCAUACAAUGUGCCAAAGCCAACUGCUAUGUUGCCUUCCAUGUCACCUGUGCUCAACACGCCUCCCUCCACAUGAAGGUUGCCAUGGGUAAGAACGGAGAGAUCGUUAAGACGGCAUACUGCGACACCCACACACCUCCGGCUGUCAAAAAGAAAAUGGAGAAGGCGAAAUUGGAGAGGGGAGAGAACGACUCAUCCAGUUCCAGUGAAAGUGAACAGGUGGAUGGGGCGACAGUAGAACCAACCGAGGGGGAGGAGGUCAAGAUCAAGGAGAGCAAGGCCAUCAAGAAGGCUCGUAAGAAAAUGGCAGAGCGGAGAAAUUCCAUGGCCCCCAUUGUCAACAUUCCCUACAUCCCUCAGCACAGACUGGACCGUAUUGUGAGCCACAUCAACCUGCACAAGAAGUCGCAGUUCAUCCCCCGGCUAGUGAGCUACUGGAAGCUGAAGAGACAAUCUCGCAAUGGAGUGCCCCUCCUGAGAAGACUCCAGGCCAACAACAAGGGACAGAGGACCUCCACUGUGAACUUGACUGACGAGGAACUUGAGGUGAUCAGUGAGCAGCUCACUCUCUGGAAGAACCUCCGCCAUGAUCUGGAGCGGGCCAGGAUGCUUGUGGAACUCGUGAGGAAGAGAGAGAAACUCAAGAGAGAACAGCUGAGAUACUUGUACAUGAUCAAUGACCUCCAACUGCGACCCCUCGCCAUGGUGAUGAAGAGGAUACUGGAUCGACUGGGGAGGAAGGACCCGGCAGACAUUUUUGGCGAACCCGUCUCUUCGGAGGAGGUACCAGAUUACCUGGACGUGAUCAAACACCCGAUGGACUUCAGUACUAUGAGGAAGAAGGUUGAGAACAACCAGUACUCUAGUCUGGAUAGUUUUGAGGAGGACUUCUACCAUGUCUGGCACAAUGCCACUAUCUACAACCAGGCUGAAACCAUCUACUACAAGGCGGCUUUACGAAUCAGAGAUGCAGGCUCGGUGAUCCUACAGCAGGCUAGAGAGCAGCUGGCCAGUGCUGGAGUGAGCUCUGUGACUGGCCUGCACGAGCCUGAGGUACAAGAGCCCCCUCCCCUCACCCCCAACACCCUCGCACGAUCCUCCAGUAACGAGCACAUAAACCUCCUAGAUGAACACGACAUUGGUGAGCCUGGCUCUAGUGGUGGUGGGGGUGGUUUUCGGCCUCGGAACUUCAGCACAACGAGCCUCUCAAUGGAUGAGCAGGUGGAGAUACUUCAGGAGCAGUUGGAGCUGGCUCAGGCACAGUACACGGGAACCACCAAGAGGUCACGCGUUAAGAAUCUUAAGAGAGAGCUGGUCUCGGUGAGGAGGCAGCAAAAGAACCAGCUAAAAAAGGCUAGAAACUCAGACACUGAUGAGCCUCCCAAUUCUCCGAAAAGGCGUCGUGCUCCAAGCAUUCCUCGCAAUGCCGAGGAACUAGCCAGUCACCUCAUUCACGGUAGUCUACGUAUGACAGCCAGUCGACAGCAAAUCCUCUCUCACUCCGGAAUCAAACUCGAAGAGAGGGCCAACGCGCUUCAGGAGGAAGAGAGAGAAAAGGAAAGGCUGAAAGAGACGAUUGAGACACAACAUAAUGAUGUGUUUGUCCAGUCUAAAGGUGUGAUCGUAUCCUCUGACGGAGAAGAUGAUUCCAACACUGGAGAGAGUAGUAGCGAUUACGAAUCAGAGUCGGAUUCUAAAUCAAACGUUGUGCCUCGAAAACGAACGAGAUCGGCCGGUUCAUCUUCUAAACGGCCAAUGCAGUCGAGAGCUCUUAUCAAGAAGAGCACAUCUGAUUCUCGUGUGGCUGAGUUGAUCCCGGAGCAGUCUCACAAACGAACGAGAGCUCCUACUAACAGACAAAACGGUUCAAGUCAAUCUCGAUCAAAGCUUUCUGACGGAAUCUGGGGCAGCGAAUCUCAACCAGAAGAUGUACAUGUAAGUGGCUCUCGACACUCUAAACGAAGACAGCGACUGAACAGCAGUGGUGCCUAUGCCACAAGUACCUCUGAAGUGGAACCGGAAUCAACUGUGAAUGGAUUCAAUACGUUCCCUCCACUGUCUUCAUUCCAUACUACGACGAUACCCAAACUAAAUCCAGCGAGACACAUCCCGUCGAUGCCCUCCAUAACAAGAACUAGAAGGCAGAGUAACUCCUCAUCGCAGUACGAGAUGGGUGGUGAGGACUACAGUAGUGAACACUUGUCUGACAGCCAUCACAUCCCCAGUGCUAGUAGCCUGGAGGACCUCACUGCAACUGAUGUCCUACACAAGAGAAAAUUGCUCAAGAAGGCUGGUAAGAAAAGGAAAAGUGGCUACAGGAGUGAGAGUGAGAAGAAGAAAAAGAGGAGACUAACCUCAGAGUCAUCUGAUGCUGCUAGUCUGGGUGGAGAGCUGAUGACUGCUCGCCCGGUGAACGGUCUGGUCGUAAAUGGAGAGCAGCAGAAUGAGAUCAAGCCUCUGGAUCUAGUCUGGGCCAAGUGUAGGGGUUACCCCUCCUAUCCUGCUCUGGUGAUUGACCCAGACAUUCCUAAGAAAGGACUGACUAUCAGCGGUGAGAAGAUACAGGCUCCCUCUAACGAGGUGUUGCAGUUGAGAGGGGCCAACCCGACUUCCACCUACCUUGUCCGCUUCUUCGAUGGGAGGCGCACUUGGCAAUGGCUACCUCCUGAAAAGAUAGAGCCACUGGGAGUGAGUGAAGCCUCUGACCACAGCAAGAUGGCGCUCAGUGGGAGCAGUAAGCGCUCUGUCAAGGAGGCCUUCAACAGAGCCAUCAAGUAUCAGCAACGAGUCUCCAGGCAACAAGUGAUUCAAGAAUCAAACAAUGACUCCAGUGCAGAUGUAUGUAUUCAGCAACAGAAACUCUAAAUAAACCUCCCCUUUAGAUUGACCCUUUUUUCAUACUUAUGAUACUCACACCCACUCACCCACUCACUCACUCACUACCAUCAUUUCAGUUCAUGUAUUAUACUGUACCACAUGAUUUCUAUACAUUCCUUGUUUACUGUCACUGCUACGAGCACACAUUUCUCUCAUGCAGUCUCAAUAUUUUGAACUCAGUGUAAGAAUAUCUAUAUACUCUAUGAUUCCUACUAAUACAUAUCUGAUCAAUUAUAGCAUUUCCAUAUGAUUAUCUAAACUCUUAAUUGAAAAAAAUUGCUCAUUAUUAUUUUUUCAAGAAGUGAUAUAUACGUGUAGUCAACAAA